AUGUCUAAACAACCCGAACCCAGCACAGCAGAGUCAAACUCUAUCGAUAGCUCAAAUGAUGAUGUCAAAGGGUUUAACGAAUCCCAUAUCUUGCAGGACCGCAAGAUUGGAGUUUUCGGAGCCAUAUCGCUGAUUGUGAACAAAAUUGUCGGUGCUGGGAUUUUUUCAACGCCUGCAUCUAUAUUCAAGUUGAGCGGCAGUCCUGGAAUGGCCCUAAUCCUUUGGGUCAUCGCCGGUGCAAUCUCGACAUGUGGAGCAAUGGUUAUGCUCGAAUUUGGCACCAUCAUUCCGAGAUCUGGAGGCAUGAAGAUUUACCUAGAGAGAUCUUUCUCUCCCAAGCUAUUGAUGACAUGUGUUUACUUGUUCUACUGCGUCUUCCUUCAGGUGUCCGCUAGCAAUGCUAUUACUUGCGCGUCAUAUCUUCUUAAAGCUGCUAGUGUCGAAUCAACGACAUGGAAGUUGAGAGGUUUAGCCAUUGCAGCAACUGCUUUCGCUGUGGGUAUACAUACCUUUGUUCCACGAGUCGGCAGACACUUGCAAGAUAUGAUGAGUGCAGUAAAGCUUUUUAUUCUCUUUUUUAUUGUCUGCACUGGAUUUGCAGCGCUGGGCGGUCAUCUCAAAGUACCUCGCACUCACAAUUUCGAUGUAUCGACGUCUUUCCAGGGUACCUCUAACAAUGGAUACAACAUUGGCACGGCUUUGUUAGAUGCAAUAUUCUCAUUCCAAGGGUAUGACAAUCUAAACAUGGUCCUUUCUGAGGUCAAAAAUCCCAAGAAAACACUCAAGAUCGCGCUCCCUACCGCUAUGGGUAGUAUCACAGUGCUUUACGUGCUUGCAAAUAUCGCAUAUUUUGCCGGUGUGUCCAGAGAUGAAUUUUUGGAAUCAGAUCUUACAAUUGCUGCAUCACUUUUCAACAAUGUCUUUGGCGCAUCAGCAGCCUCAAAAGCUCUACCAGCCCUGGUCGCCAUCUCUGCUAUUGGCCAUCUUUUGGGUAUUGCAUUCACAGUCCCUCGGGUUAUCCAAGAGCUGGCCAAAGAUGGAAUCAUGCCAUUCCCAAAUAUUCUCAUGCAGAACCGCCCUUUUAAAACACCUAUCUGGGCAUUGGCAAUUCACCUGGGAGUAACGAUUCUCUUCAUCUGUGCUCCUCCCGCAGGUGAUGCUUUUGAUUUCAUUAUUAGCCUCAGCUCUUACCCAACAGUGCUUCUGCUCACUGGAGUCACUGCGGGGUUGAUAAAGCUGCGUCUAUCUAAAGAUGAGGAUUCAAAAUCUGCAUUCACAGUUCCAUGGGCUGUCUUAGGGUUCUACCUUGCAGGGAACAUUUUCCUCCUUAUUAUGCCAUUUGUACCACCGCCCAAUGGAAAGGGCAGUACUAGUUUGCCUUAUUGGCUCACUCCCGUUGUUGCAUUAGCAAUUCUCUCCCUGGGUGUCAUCUACUACGUUGGGCGAUUUGUUCUGCUGCCGUGGAUCUUUGGGUAUCGACUUGAGCUGCAAGCUGUUGAUCUUAGUGAUGGAUCCCAGGUCUCACGCUACAAAAUGAUCAGGGACUGA